GCUGAAAGACGACGCACCAGAAAACCGGCUGCUGCGUGUUUGAAGGAGACUUGACAGCAGAAUGAGAUCUGAGUGGAUUGAGUGAUCUUUACUUUCUAGGCUCAUUUCAAUACAUUUGUAAUUCAUCUGCUGUGGUUUGUGAUGUCAUAAUCAUGAACGCCCCUCGUCAGCUGUUACGGAUUCAGUGCAUUGGGUGCAUUGCACGUUUUUUGGGGACACCCAUACAGCGAGUGAUCCUACCUACUGGAGCACAUCUGCAAACCCCUGGAUCACAGCACAACUAUGGCCAGCUUCCGAGACCAUUCCACUGCAGUGCAGUAUGUUCCAUGAGUCGUCCAAGCCAGACACAGCUUGAGAAGACAGUUAAAGAUGAGACGCUUAAUAAAGAUAAAGGUUUAGUCACACAUGAUGAUUUAUUUGAGCGAGCUGCUAGAGACUCAAAGACCAAGGCUGAUUUUAACAGGGUCAUGGAUGUUUUCAGCAAGAAGGACAUUCGGCGACGAGGCCAUGUGGAGUUUAUUUAUGCUGCCCUGAAGAAGAUGCCAGAAUUUGGAGUAGAACGAGACAUUACUGUUUACAACAAACUCCUGGAUGUGUUUCCAAAAGAGGUGCUCAUGCCACGGAACUUCAUUCAGAGGAUGUUCAACCACUACCCACGGCAGCAAGAGUGUGGAGUACAGCUGCUGGAGCAGAUGGAGAACUAUGGUAUCAUGCCGAAUGUACAGACUAAGGUUUUACUGGCUCAGAUAUUUGGGGAAAAGAGUCAUCCUAUGAGGAAGUACCAGCGUAUCAUGUACUGGUUUCCCAAAUUCAAGCAUGCAAACCCCUUCCCCAUCCCACACGUGCUCCCUAGUGACCCAGUAGAGCUCGCUCGAUUCGGUCUUACCCGGAUUGCAGAUGACCUGGAUGCUAAAAUAACAAUCUAUCAGUAUCCAUCAACAGACAUCACAGAGACUGGUGAAGAAGUUAUGCGCCCCCAUAUUAUAGGUAUUCAAAGUCCAAACCAGCGCUCCCUUCUGGCUAAACACAAUCCAUGCAGGCCUGUGUUUGUCGAAGGCCCUUUCCCACUAUGGCUCAGAAAGACUUGUGUUCAUUAUUACCUACUCAAGGCAGACCCUAUACCGUCUGAGGAAAAGGUUGAGGAAGAAUUUGACCCUGAGAUGAUCGGUCCGGAGCAGUCUCUCUUCUACCCUCAGCGACUGGAACUCGACCUGGAAAGAGACAUGGGGGAUGAUUUCAGUUUCGAUGUGGAUGAUGUGGAAGAGGGGCUGGUUUACGCCAUGUGUAUGGCUGGUCAGGGAGACCAGGUCACUCUGUCUCAGUGGAUUUCAGGUCUACAGGAGACCUGUCCCAUAUUGGGCCAGAUUCCCACAGUGUUCCGACUGGAAUCUGGACCUAGAGAACUGCAAACCACAUCAGACGCUCAGCAAACCCCUGAGCAGGAGGUUGAAACAGAUCAAAUUAUCGAGGAGGAACCGCUACACUCACAAAGAGUAAAACAGUGAGAGUUUGCUGUUGUAAAAGCCAUCCCGAUGUAUGUGCAUUUUAUGAAGAUGGACUGUGGCAGUUAAACAUGAAUCUAAUAUGAUGCACCUUAUAUUUAAUUUAGUAACCAGAUACCGAUUUUAUGUCUUGUCAGUUACACACUGUUUUUGAAUUGAGAUCUGUCUACAUUAUGUACAGUUGUUCCAUUAUAUGUAAACAUGCCAUUGACUGAUUUGGCAGUACAAUAAAACAUAA